AGCGUAAUCCUUCCGGGCGGGGCCGGGCGCUGCCGGGGCCGGGGCUAUGCGAGGGCCGCGCUGCCGCCUGCCCUAGGCCCGGGCCCGGCGCGGGGGGAAGCGUCGAUCGGGGCCCGAUGCGGGAGUACAAGGUGGUGGUGCUGGGCAGCGGGGGGGUGGGGAAGUCCGCCCUCACGGUGCAGUUCGUCACCGGCACGUUCAUCGAGAAGUACGACCCCACCAUCGAGGACUUCUACCGCAAAGAGAUCGAGGUGGACUCGUCGCCGUCCGUGCUGGAGAUCCUGGACACGGCGGGCACCGAGCAGUUCGCCUCCAUGCGGGACCUCUACAUCAAGAACGGGCAGGGCUUCAUCCUGGUCUACAGCCUGGUCAACCAGCAGAGCUUCCAGGACAUCAAGCCAAUGAGGGACCAGAUUGUCCGGGUGAAGAGAUACGAGAAAGUCCCUCUGAUCCUAGUGGGGAAUAAAGUGGAUCUGGAGUCGGAGAGAGAGGUCUUGUCUGCAGAAGGCAGAGCUCUGGCUCAGGAAUGGGGCUGUCCCUUCAUGGAGACGUCAGCCAAGAGCAAAACGAUGGUGGAUGAACUGUUUGCUGAGAUCGUCAGGCAAAUGAACUAUGCCUCCCUGCCUGAAAAACAAGAUCAGUGUUGUACAACUUGCAUCGUCCAGUGAGAGAAGUUAAGGAAAACCUCAGUCAUGGCCAUACAGAGCAGAUAAAACUCAGAGGAAACUUGCACAGAUGCUGCUUUGGAGAACUUUCAGCCCAGGUUGCAGAGCUGAGCCUUGGUAAACCUGUCUCUAUUACAGCACAUUGCCAUACAUCUAAGUGCAUAAGGUUGGUGGCCUCCAGGAUCCACACACCUUAAUCAGAAUGCUUAGCAUGUUUACCAUAAGUUUAAAAUCUGUUCUUUAUCUAUCAGUCCUUUUAUAGCUUUCUAAGUUCAUAUAAUGGCUAAUAUGCAAGAGUUCAUUUUUAAUAUUUUAAUUGAUUUCUUUAAUCAAUUUCUGAACUUGUAUUUAUUAAAUACUUAAACUCAGUAUUACCUACUCAAUGCCUUUUAAAAGAGAGUUUUAAUGGAGAAUAAAUUGAGCCUUAAACAAAUGGUUACUUCUGUAUAUUACCUCGCAUCAGUGCUUAUUUCUCUUUGCAAAGUUUUCUCCUCCGAUGCAGUCUGUGAUUCUUUGAGACUUUUUGUUUACGUGUGACAGUGUCAUGAAUAGAUGCUGAAGGCACCUCUGUAUGGAUGUAAUAUCCCUAUUCCUGGCAAGUGCAGCUGUGAUAACUGUAACCAGUCUGAUUUGACAGCAGGGAUCUGUUGCAAUGGGCUGUGAAGUCUCCAGCUGAUGUUUUUUUUUGGAGGGCAAUCGUGGGUUUCUUAAACUCAUUUAAUCAACGAAUGACAAUUGUAGCAUUGAAAAAUGGCAGCGCUCUUUUCUGUCUACUGAGUUUCUCAACUUGCUUGUUUACAUGUAGCUUCUCUAUGCCUUUGGGAAGGGAUAAUGCAUCCUUCAGAAUGGGCCUCGGCUUAGCCUGGCACAGCAAGUGACAUCUGGUAGACCUCUGCACAUGUAAAUCUAAUGCAAAUAAGAUCACUUUACAUUUUAUAGUUCCUAAUAUUUGUCUUUCUGAAUAAUGUUUGAAAGCAAUAUUUGUUAAAAGUUUUUUUUUUUUUUCUUGCACUGUCACAAAUUGCUUUUUAGGUUUGUUUUUGGUUUUUAUUUUGUUUUUCCCGACAAACGAGUUUAAUAUUAGAGACAAGUUGGUGUAACAAGGGGAAAAGCACCAGGUUUCAGUGAUACUAACUGCGAGUGUGCUUUAAACAGCCAUUGCCUUCCAUAUUGUUUACCUGAUCGACAUUUUUCUCUGAAUACUUGAAAAUCUUAACAAUAACACAGGUAUAAAGAGCAGAAUGGAAACGUACAAAGGGCAGAUGAAAUGGUUUUGUUCAGUUCUAGCGACGCGUUUGCGUACACGAGAGCUUUUUCUAGCAGUGGUUUCAAGCGUGUGAUUUAUUUUUCUUUGCGGAAGUUGAAUAACUGCAGCUCACCUACUGCACCAAAGGUCUAGGUCUUUAGGAGCCCGGCUUUAGUCAUUUGAACAUGCUUCUAGGAUUGUACGUUCUUUCCCUGUAAUAGCUAAAAUACCUUUGAGAAAAGCUCCAGUAAAAGCAGUGAUGGAUAAUAUGAGGUUAAGCAGUUUCAAACUCACCGAAUGUAUUGUGGAUGAUGGCAUUUGAAACAAUAAAGGAUCACCAGUUCAGUAUCUCAACAUUAAUGUGUUUUAUUGGUAAUAACGCAGGCUGGCUUCAGCGUUUAGCAGGGAUACAGGUUCUGAGUCUACGUUCAGCUUUGAAUUUGAAUCCUGAUGAGAAGAGCAGAGCAGGUUUCCUGCUUGGCUAUCAGAACACCCGAUAUUGUCUUGUGGGGUCACUUGAAAUGUAUUAUUAUUAUUAUUAUUAUUAUUAUUAUUAUUAUUUUUCCCCUGUUUGUACAAAUUUAUCAACAGGCUGAGUCUGAUAUUUAGGUUUGCACUUUAAUAUCAAAGUAAAACCAAACCUUGUACUCAGAGUAGGGUUUUUCUUUCAGUGGUGGUUGUUGAUCUUUUCUGGUAGGUUGUAAGGAAGUAAUUAGGACAUACAAGUAAUUGACGAAGAGCUUAGUUUUCCUUUGUCUAAAGGGGGGAGAAGGUCGGUGGAUAGGAAUCGGUGCUUCGUUCCUAUGGGUAGUUAUCAACGCUGUGUUCAUUUUCAUUGUCCUCAGCCAAAAAAUAAGAAAAAAAAAAGGAAAAAAAAAAAAAAAAAAAGAGAAACCUUCAACUUGAACCUUGCUUAGAGUGACAGGAGGGGGAGAACGAGACAUGGUUGCUUCAGCACACUUUGGGGGGAAAAAGGGACCAAAAGUUAUUUUAGGCUUCCUCAAUUAGAUUGCAUGUUGAAGUUGCUUAUUAGAGUUAAGAGGCUAAUAAAUGAAAUAUGUAUCGUCUUUCCUAUGGCAUCUGUUUAGGAGUUGUUCAAAUCACUGCAGUAGGGCUCUACAAAUACAAAUGUAACCUAACAUCACGUAUCUAAUGUACUGUAUCUUUAUCAGUGAUAGGUGAAAUCUGGAAUAACAAGUGCAAAAAAACAAAAAGCCACCCGAACCCAUGGAACAAUUCCCUAUAAUGCUUUGUAAAAGAGUUUUUUCCAGUAGAAACCAUCCUUGUCAUUUUGUAAGACAACCCUCCAGUCCACCUGUUUGUAACUUUUUUUAAUAAAAUAGAUACCUGUAUUACCAAA